GGUUUUUCAGAGGGGAGAACCUUGCCCAAUCAACAUUUAUUUCCUCUUGACCAAAAUGUGACUAAAAAUACUAGCGAGAGCAAAUACGAGUAAAGUCUCAAAAGAGAAACAGGAAGAUGAGUCCCCCAUCUUGCUUGUCUCCAUCUUGUCUUAUGGAGAGAAGUGGAGAAAAAUGAGGCUGUCCAGGUUUUCUGAAGUCUCCAGCGUUGCAGUAGGUGUGAAGUACGACUGGCCAGGUCCCGAGAACGUAGCGGAAGUCGAAGCUGACCCAUCCCGUACUGAAUUUCGGCCCGACCCACCGCUCCGCGUGAUAGGGGCAGCACAGUGCUGCCCCGCCCCGCGCAAGGCCCGGGGGCCAAUCAGAGCCAAGGGGCGUUCCCAGUCCCGUCUUUCCCUCUUCCUUCCCCGGCGGCCGACGGCCGGGAGACUGGGCGGGCGCCGUGCGACCCGGAAGUAGUUCUGGAGGAGGUGGGCCUGAGGGGUUGGAGCUGGUGACGUUGCCGCUCGGGGCUCCGGCGCUUGUUACCGCCUGUUUGCGGCUCCUGCGAGAAAACUGUGGCCAGGUCUGCGGGAACCGCACCUAUGGCUUCCGUGCUGUCCUACGAAAGCCUGGUCCACGCCGUGGCGGGAGCCGGAAGCAUGACAGCAAUGACAGUAUUUUUUCCCUUGGAUACAGCUCGACUUCGACUUCAAGUUGAUGAGAAAAGAAAGUCCAAAACGACACACAUGGUGCUCCUGGAGAUCAUUAAAGAAGAAGGCCUCCUGGCACCAUAUCGAGGGUGGUUUCCAGUUAUCUCCAGUCUCUGCUGCUCCAAUUUUGUCUAUUUCUACACUUUUAAUAGCCUCAAAGCAGUCUGGAUCAAAGGUCAACAUUCUACUACUGCAAAAGAUCUGGUAGUUGGAUUUGUUGCAGGAGUGGUGAAUGUGCUGCUAACAACUCCACUCUGGGUAGUAAACACCAGACUGAAGCUGCAAGGGGCGAAAUUUAGGAAUGAAGACAUUGUACCAACCAACUACAAUGGUAUUAUUGAUGCUUUUCACCAGAUCAUUCGCGAUGAAGGAAUCCUGGCUUUAUGGAAUGGCACAUUUCCCUCCUUGCUGUUGGUCUUCAAUCCUGCCAUCCAAUUCAUGUUCUAUGAAGGUUUAAAACGGCAGCUUUUAAAGAAACGAAUGAAGCUUUCUUCUGUGGACGUGUUCAUCAUUGGUGCAAUAGCCAAAGCCAUUGCCACCACGGUCACCUAUCCUCUGCAGACAGUACAGUCAAUUCUGAGGUUCGGACAUCACAGACUGAACCCAGAAAACAGAACACUGGGGAGUCUUCGGAACAUUCUCUAUCUUCUUCACCAACGAGUAAGGCGUUUUGGAAUAAUGGGACUCUACAAAGGCCUUGAAGCCAAACUGCUGCAGACAGCCCUCACUGCUGCUCUCAUGUUCCUCGUUUAUGAGAAACUGACGGCUGCUACCUUCACGGUCAUGGGGCUGAAGAGCGCACACAAGCACUGAGGCACCUUCCACCGCCAGGCACUCAGAGAUGCUCAAGACAGGGGAUCCUUCUCUGUGAAGAGAAGCGGUUCCCCUUUUACUUGCUCCUUCCACUGAGAAUUUGACCCUCAUUGGCUUGGAAUGCAUCUAAGUUUACACAUGGAGUAUAGCCAGCUUGACCUGUUACCAACUUAGUUUUAUGAUGGUUGGUUGAAUUUUGUGGGGGAGGUUGGGCCAAUGGCCAUAUGAAAAGAAAACAUUAUUGAAAACCGAAAAAUGAAAGUUUAUGGGGGUUUAUUGGUUUUUUUUGAGGGGAAUGGACUCUUGCUCUCAUGUAUAAUCUUUUCCAAGUAGAGUCUUUUUUUAGAUUUGCCAGAUGGUCCCUUUCCCUUGAACCCUCCCCCAGGUCCUAGGGCAAAUUUGCUACCAUGUAAUUCUCCUCAUAUACUUUUGUAUGUCUUCAUCUUGGUAUUUUCUUCACUAAAAAUGUUAUGACUAUGCCAUAAGCAUGACUUUAUUUUUCUUGGCAUUUUUUUCCUUCCGCUUAAGGAAAGGUAUCUUCUUUAGUGUGUGAGCUAUUUAUUUUGUGGGGGAAAUGAAAAUUAUUAAUUCCAAAUGAUUCUCUUAUAAACUAUUUGUAAAUAUCACUUAUUUAGUAUUUGACAUAAUUUUAAAAUAUUUAUUUUGAAUCAACCUUUUCACUACAAAACUUGAGGUUUUAUGUUCAUCCACAUAGGCCCCAAUAAAUUGUCGGCACAAAAGUCAUUCUUAAAAGUUGCCCUUUAUAGUAUUACAUUGAGUUUACAAGCAACUGGUAAAAAUCACAGAAGAGGGAGCAGAUACCUUGUUUAGGCUCUGGAAUAUUAUCUUCUUUUAUAAACUCUUGGUAGAGACUGUAUAUUUUGAGAAUAAACUUGAUUGAGGUUAUUUCUAUUUGGAAACAUUCCUUAGAGUCCUACUACUCAAAGAGUGGUGCCUCAAGCAAUAGCAUCGACAUCACCUGGGAGCUUAUUGGACAUGCAGUCCCAGAUCUUCUGAAUCAUAUUCCGCAUUUUAAUAAGAUAUCUAGGCAAUUUGUACUCACAUCAAAGUUCAAGAGACCUUAGAGCUCUUGACCCUGCAGAAGAUACAGUUGGUUUCAAUUAUGGAAACCAAGACAAAGAUUGUUCUCAAAGGAAACAUAGACUAAUGUAUUAGAGCAACCUCUGAAAAAACUGGGAGUCCUAUGUCAUCAUUUACUUUCACCUCGUAGCACAUGUUCAGGUUUGUAGGACUUUUGUUAUGUGGCCAGCAAUGAAUUUAGACAUCUCAAGGCACUCAAGAAGCAAACUCCCUUGACGUUAGUAGAACAACAGCUUAGUUCUACUUAGUUUGACUUAGUUUUUGACUUAGUUUUUGUCCCUAUAACACAAUGACAGGUUUUUCAUUUGUAAGUCUAAUUCAUUCAGAGUCAGAGAGAGUAAUAAUCAAGUGUCUGUGGACUCCAGUAUUUAAAUUCAAUUUUGAGAGUGGAAAUUUCUUUCUCUUAUUUCUCCUCUCGUCCCUGUGGUAAUUUCAAAAUAUGUGAUUAUUAAACUAUUAAUAAUUGAAAGAUCAUUGUGUUGUUCUAGAAAACAAGAACUAAGAGGAACUGAUAAUCUGGGAACUAGCCUGAGCACUCGCUUAUUUAAGCUAGAGAACUGAAGACAGAGAACUGGCCGCAUUACUACUUUUUAUUUUAUAUUAAGGUAUGUGUUGUGUUGGUGGCGAGGCUUGGGUGGGGAGCAUGGGAGAAGAAUGAUCAUAAAGGUACCAUGUGUACUUUUGUUACUAUUUUAAUUUUGAUGUCCACUUUGGAACUUGAAUUUUGAGCUCAGGGUAUCGUGUAUUGUUGGUACGUUAAAAUAAUUUCCAAGUCAGGUUCUAUAGUUAUAUUAUGUUUAUGAUGUGAGAAUGUAUCUGAUGCUUCUUUCUUUUCUGAUUUUAUGAAGGAACAAUUUCAUAAUGUGGUUUAUAUUCCCUUUGGAAGCUUUACAGACUCACUGCAUAGUUGAAACUAGGUAAUGAGUCACCCGGUUUUGUAAUCUUUGAUUAUUAAUAAGUUACUUGAGAAAACUAAGGAGCCGAAGUCUAUACUAAGGGAAUGGAAAAUUUUUUCUUUUUGAUUCUUUAUGAGGUUUCUUUAGAAUGUGAGGAUUAAGAGCCUUAGGGAUUAUGUUAGUGUCACCUCAGUAGAAAACUUAAUCUGUGUUUUUAAGUGGACACUAAUAUGUCCACCCUUGUCUAUUUUACAAUUAAGUUUGAAAUGCAGAAAUAGGAUUUACCAUAAGAACAAAAGCAGUGGGAGUUAGAAUCUUGGGUUUUAUUCCCAGCUCUGUCACUGACUAGCAAGUUAUGUCAUCUCCUUGUGCUUCAGCUUUUUGAUAAGUGGAGAUAAUAAUACUCACUACCCACUUCAGAGGAUGUUUGAGAGCUAAUGAUGUCAGCUAAUUCCCUUUAUGAUCGUGGGAGAGGGAAGAUCUGAGUGAAACUUGUGACAAGCCUAGAUUUAUAUAGCAAUUUCCCUUCUUAAAGCUUGUACACUUUCUCAUUUUAUAACCCCAAUAUCUCUGUGAAAUAGGUAAGGACGAGUAACGGUAUCCCCGUUUAAUUAACAGGGAAAUUGAGACAGAACUAUCAAAUGACUUGCCUGGUUGGAGUCAGGACUAAAGUUGAGUUUCCUGCAGUCUAGUGUGAUGAUUACGAGAAUAGGUUCUGGAAUUAAACAGACCUAGGUUCUACUCUGAUCCUGCUCUUUACCGGCUGUGGGAACAAAGCAAUUGCUGAACUGCUAUAAAACUCAGUGUUCUCAACUGUGAAGUGGAGAUCUUGAUAAAUCUACCUCAUAGGGUGAUUGUGAGGAUUAAAUGAGAUCAUAUACAUAAAUUUCUUAGCACAGGGCUUGCCACAUGAGAAAAGCUAGAUAAAUGUUAGUGAUGACUAUUAUUAUAAUAUUAUUAUUAUUGAUGAGGGAUAUGACUGUUUGAAUAGAUGCAACCGUGGUUCAGUGGAAAGCACACUGGAUUUUGAGCCAGAUCUGUGUUCAGAUUUUCAUUCUAUCACUUAAAAGCAUUGUGGCCACAGACAAGUCAUUUCCUCACCUUUCUUAGUCUUUAUGUGUUUAUUUGUCUAAUAGAAAUGAUUACCGCACAAGACUGUUUUAUAUAUUUAAAAAUUUUUUUCUUUAAUCCUUCUUUAAUCUUUAGAACAGGAUGUAGAUAUGCAUACAUAUAUAUAUAUAGGAUGUAGAUAUACAUAUAUAUGCAUCUGGCAUAUAUAUAUAUACACACAUAUAUAGAGAGAGAGAUGAGGAUGUAGAUAUACAUAUAUAUAUGUGUAUAUAAAUAUAUAUAUAUAUGCAUCUGGCAGAGUACAUGACGUAUAAAUGUGCUUAAUAAAUGCCAGGGUUUUCUAUUCAGAUGUAAUUAACAUACAACAUUUUAUUAGUUUCAGAUGUACAACAUAGUGAUUUGAUGUACAUAUAUAUUGCAAAAUGAUCACCACAGUAAGUCUAGUAAACAUCUAUCACUAAAACAUCCAUCAGAUAAAUGCUGUUUGAACCAAGAGAACCUUCUAGGUUUUACUUUGGGGCAGUGUUUCCUCUUUCCACUUGUUUUAAUUGUGAACAUUUCUUUUCUGGGAGGCUUUUGUGUACCUCCUCAGAAGUGAAGCCAAAUCCAAUAAGUUAAUGUUUUAUCCAGUAUUCAGAUUAAGGCCCCCAAACAUUUAUCAGUUCAUCAGUAAAAUACGAACUCGUUCAGUAGCAUAAAGUCCCUGGCUGAGCUAGCGUCUCAUCUUGGCUCUCUGGAAAAGCUAAAGAAUUGUGACUUCAUGCGUCCAAAUGCCACACAUCUCUGGAGAGCCCUCCCUCUGGGCAGGUAAAUUACUUACCUGGCAGUGUUGACUGUCACCAGAAUACCAAAUAUAUAUGAAGAUUCACUUGCAGAUAUUUAUAUAUGCAGUGAAUGUAAUUAAUGUGACCCCCACAGGGUUUUUACCACUAUAGAAAUGAAAGGGCCUUGGGUUAGUGCUGAUGUUUAUGGGACAUACUGGUAGCCCCUGAAAACUGUGUUCACUGGGACAUAGACAAGAAAAUAACUCACCCAUGGGCUAGGUGAGAGAGGAAAAGAAAGAAAAUUACUAUGUAAAGACAGAGUGAAGAAGAGAUUAGGAGAUGGAUAGAAGGUUCAUGGGGAGGGAGGGACAAGGCACCAGUGCCUAGCACAGCACUCAAGGAGACAUGCUCAAAAAAUGUUCAUAGACUGGGCAGUGAACUGCGGAACCCAGCCAAUGAGGUCCAAUCUGGGGAAAGGGAAGGAAAACUCGGUUUGGAACUAACCAUGAAAAUGGGUAAUGGAACUUCCAUGCAUUAGUGCCUGGUAAAUGCCAGGCACAAUUAACUUACAUACGUCUUGAUAUCUUUGUAACAACUCUAAAUAUAUGAGGUUCAUUCCCACUAACAGAUAAACUAGUUAAGGCUUCAAGAGUAACUUAUCUAUGGUCACUCAACGAUUGAGGGUCAGGAUUUAAAAUUUAGGCUGACUCCAGGACUUUCUACAUUGCCACACUACAUCCCUCAGAUAUCUUUAAAGUAAGACUUCUAAGCCAGGGCAUGGUUCCCUUCUACAACCUAGAGGGGCAUAUGAUUGAAGAUAUGUAAUUCUUUCUGUAAUGAACUAUCUGAACCCCAGUAUGAUGCUACAAGUCUCAAGGAAAGCCUGUGGCCUUUGUAUCCAAGGGUGGCUCCAUAAAUCCAUGCUGUUUCUUGCUUCAGUGCCUGUGUUUAUAGUUUCAGGAAUCUCUUCCUACUAUUCUUGGUGAACUGCCCAGAUCAGGCAUCAGCUCUUCCUGGAAGCCUUUCUGGAACUUUGCUUCCUCCUACUCACCCACCUCCAAAGACUUUUGUACUUCUUUACUAUUUUGUACAUAUGUCUAUCGUUGACCUACUCCAUUGAGUUUUGAAUCGCAGUAUCUCUGUCUUCCCCUAGAUACCAACUUCUUCCGGCGCAGGAAACGAGACUUUCAAGUAGAGUGUCACUCAGGGUAGGCAUUCAGUUGUCACAUGAGUGUUUUUGGCUAAAGAUAGUGCUGACCCUUCUCCAAUCAAGUGCAUCUGUUAAUUAUGAGUUUACAUAUUUUAGAAUCCUUGUCCUUUGGCAUUUUCUUGGUCGUUGAUUAUCAGUUUUUCAUAUUUCUUUUCCUUAAUUAGUUCACACUUUUUGGAAGUAUACUUUAUUUUGCUAGUCAUUUGGCUUUUUUAAGCUUUAAAGAUCCAUUAUUUCUUUGCUUUAAUUGUAGUCACCAAAACUAUCUAACUGUAGUGGUAUCGCUUAUGUAAUUCUUCCAUGUGUACUUCAUUCUUGUUUUGCUUUAGCUUCUGUAGAACCUAUUGACAGAGUAGAUGGCCAGCCAAGUAGGUGAUUCCCCUAUGUGGGUGUGGUAUGUAGGACCUUAUUAAAUUGCAAAUUCCUAUUCUAGGACUAACAUUCUAUUCAUUUAUUCAAGAAAUCGUUUUUGAUUACCUCCCAUAUCCAAGCAGUAUGGCAGUUUGCUGGGAUUACCCAGAUGAAUAAUACUUAGUCUCUGCCCUUAUGUAGCUCAUUGUUCUACAUGGGGGUCAGACAAAAAACAACUUGGAAUUCUACCACUAAUGAGUUCUCAUAAGAAAUGUAAUGGAGGGAACUUCCUGGUAGUCCAGUGGUUAGGACUCUGCGCUUUCAUUGCCAAGGGCUUGGGUUCAAUCCCUGGUUGGGGAACUAAAAUCCCACAAGACAUGUGGCAUUGCCAAAAAAAAAAAAAAAAGUAA